AAUUAAGAGGACGAAAGGAACCUGGGAUCGAAUUGGACCGCACAGUGACUUGUCAGACACUUGCAAGAUCGGUUCGAUACACUAACUUCUUCUGUUCGCCAGAACCACAUCGGUAAGAGAAGCAAUCUGACUUUCUGUUGGGCACAGGACUCCUGUGAUCAUUAAAUGUCAUCAACAUCAUCUCAGCUUGUUCAGUAUGUUGUGGUAAGAGGUGAUCUCCUGAGGUUGCUGUCAUGGCCGAUAGGAGCCGUAAUAGCACAAGCUUGUCAUGCAAGCACAGCUGCCCUGUGGAUGCAUCGUGAUGAUUCUAACACACUCCAAUAUACUAGUGACUUGGAUAAUAUGCACAAGGUUGUGUUAGAGGCCCCUAGUCAAGAUGAACUGGAGAAAUUAUCAGGGAAACUAUCCGCUGAUGAAAUUGAUCACAAACUGUGGAUUGAACAACCAGAGAACAUUCUUACCUGUCUUGCGACCAAACCUUAUCCGAAACAACAAAUACAAAGUUAUUUUAAAAAGUUUAAAUUGUUUAAAUAAACUUAACUAUUUACUUAA